UCCGGUGCGUUGCUGUACUUUUGUUCUUUUUCCUUUGCUGAAGGCCAGUGCGUGUCGUUUUAGAUCAAAGAUCGGUCCAGUUGGACAUUCAGCCAUAAAAAAGACAACGAUGAAGCGGUGAGCAAAGCUUACACAAAACCUGACUAAAGACCGUCAAGUCGGGCGCUUUUGUGGAUAAACAGGCGAAUGUGACAACUGAAACCUAUAACAUGCCACUAUCUACAGAGAAAGAUGAAAUAAAGCUGAAGAAACAUAAACCGGAAGCUUUGAAUUUAAAUAUGUCACUGAGUGGUAGCCACGAAAGGGAGCCUUCCUCAAUCAAAUACGGGGAGCUUAUUGUUUUAGGGUAUAAUGGAUGCCUUCCUUGUGGUAAUAGGGGUAGACGAAGAAGUCUGUUUGCAUUGUUCAAGCGACCAACAUCAAAUGGUGUCAAACCAGUAGCACAACAUACUUAUGAAUCGCCAAAAAGUGCACAGGCUGUUAGAAGUACUAAACAACACAGUAUAUCAUAUACAUUAUCUCGGAACCAGACAGUAGUGGUGGAGUAUGCAUCGGAUCCAGACACUGAUAUGUUCCAGAUUGGUCGUUCAACUGAUCCAGUGAUUGAUUUUGUUGUCAUGGAUACAGUACCUGGUGCUUUAACCUCAGAAGACUGUCAAGUUACAGAAAGUACUAUAUCACGAUUUGCAUGCAGGAUAGUUGUAGACAGAGACCCUCCAUAUUUAUCAAGAAUAUAUGCUGCUGGAUUUGAUACUAGGAAUAAUAUAUUUCUAGGGGAAAAAGCUUGUAAAUGGAAAACAGAAACACAAGGUGGAAUUGACAGCCUGACAACCAAUGGUGUUCUUAUAAUGAGACCAAAAGGUGGUUUCACACCAGAAGCUAGACCAGGUGUCUGGAGAGAAGUAUCAGUGUGUGGAAAUGUAUACUCAUUGAGAGAAAUUAGAUCAUCUGCACAAAGAGGAAAAUUAAUUGAAAGUGAAAAUAAUAUUUUAGAAGAUGGAACAUUGGUAGAUCUCUGUGGUGCUACUUUAUUGUGGAGAUCAGCUACUGGUCUACUUAGAACACCAACACAAAAACACUUAGAGCAGUUAAGACAAGACAUAAAUGCUUCCAGACCACAGUGUCCUGUUGGUUUAAUGACAUUAGUACUCCCUUCAAGAAGUAGUAGAAUGGCAAGGGGAGAGGAGGCAGAUGAUAAACAACCUUAUGUUUAUUUGAAAUGUGGUCAUGUUCAUGGUUACCAUGGGUGGGUUGGAAAACAAAGUUCAAAUGAUAAAGAAGAUUUGAACAGGACAUGUCCACUUUGUCGUGAAGUUGGUCCCUAUAUUCCUGUAGUGAUGGGUAAUGAACCAAGUUUUUAUGUAGAUUCAGGUCCACCUACACAUGCAUUUUGUCCAUGCGGACAUGUAGCCUCAGAGAAGACAGCACGGUUUUGGUCACAAGUGCCAUUACCUCAUGGAACACAUGGUUUCCAGGCUACCUGUCCAUUCUGUGCUACACCCCUCGCAGGAGAACAAGGAUAUGUCAAGUUGAUAUUUCAACAGUCUGAAUGAAACACAUCCUACUCUGUUGUGUUGGUAUUGUGCUGUGUUAUUGAUAUAUCAAUGCUAAUUCGAAAGUUAUGGUUUCCAAAAAAAACUUGUGUGCUGAAAUACAGUGGCUGCUCUUGUGAUAGCACAAACACUUAUUUAUUGAUCUGCAUGGUGGAAAUUUUAUCUUGAAAUAUGAAACUAUAAAACAACUUUUAUUUAAUAAAAUCAAUAUAUGUAUGUACUUGUUGAUUUUGAAAAAAUAUUGAGGGC